AUGCACUGGCAGGACGCGCAUCUGCCAGGUAAAGGCCAGGAUGCAGAUAGCUAUUACAAAAUGCACUGGCAGGACGCGCAUCAGCCGGGUAAAGGCCAGGAUGCAGAUAGCUAUUACAAAAUGCACUGGCAGGACGCGCAUCUGCCAGGUAAAGGCCAGGAUGCAGAUAGCUAUUACAAAAUGCACUGGCAGGACGCGCAUCAGUCGGGUAAAGGCCAGGAUGCAGAUAGCUAUUACAAAAUGCACUGGCAGGACGCGCAUCUGCCAGGUAAAGGCCAGGAUGCAGAUAGCUAUUACAAAAUGCACUGGCAGGACGCGCAUCAGCCGGGUAAAGGCCAGGAUGCAGAUAGCUAUUACAAAAUGCACUGGCAGGACGCGCAUCAGCCGGGUAAAGGCCAGGAUGCAGAUAGCUAUUACAAAAUGCACUGGCAGGACGCGCAUCAGCCGGGUAAAGGCCAGGAUGCAGAUAGCUAUUACAAAAUGCACUGGCAGGACGCGCAUCAGCCGGGUAAAGGCCAGGAUGCAGAUAGCUAUUACAAAAUGCACUGGCAGGACGCGCAUCAGCCGGGUAAAGGCCAGGAUGCAGAAGCAUCCUGA